AAGUCAUAACAAUCACCCCCCUAAACACAUAUAUAUGUGAACGAAUUUGUAAUAAAGCCGCCUUAAACAUGGAAUGUCUACAGCCCCAUUUGAAGACCAUCAAAGUGCCCACCGGGACGGACAAAGUGUACAAGGACGAGUGCGUUUACUCCUUCGAUAAUCCGGAAACCGACACGGGCCUCUACGUGAGCCUCACCAGUUUCCUAGGGCUGGGCAGGGAACACGUGGAACGCCACCACCAAAAAACCGGCGAAGCAGUUUAUUUGCACCUGAGACGCGAGAGACAUGAGGUUUCGUCCCCCACACAGGGAGACGGUCCCGAGAAGAAAAUCACCCGAUUGGCUAUAGGGGUGGAGGGGGGCUUCGAUCCGGGCUCGGGCAGUAAGAAGUUCGAAUUCCAGGACUUUUAUAAAAUCGUGGUGCUGCCCAGUUUCACUUCCAUCGAUUGGCCCCACGAUUCUUUGCCCGAGAUCGUUCGAAUGUCGGUUCGGGCCCUAUUGGAUCUGCCUUCGGCCAGUAAAUUGGCCGAAUUGGAGGCCCUGAGUGGCACCUGGGACGGCGAGGAAAGACUCGUGUCCCGGCACGCUCAGAAUCUGAUCCAGCUGGAUAAUGGCAAAAAGAUCCCGCCCACCAACUGGAAAUGCGAGAAAUGUGAUAAAACCGACAAUCUCUGGCUGAACCUGAGUGACGGUUCCAUUUUGUGCGGCAGGAAGUUCUUUGACGGUUCCGGAGGGAACAAUCAUGCCGUGGAGCAUUUUAGUGUGACCAAUUAUCCUUUGGCUGUUAAAUUGGGGACGAUUACUAAGGAUGGAAAGGCCGAUGUGUUCAGUUAUAGCGAGGACGAUAUGGUGGAGGACCCCCUGUUGGCUCAGCAUUUGGAGCAUUGGGGCAUCAACAUUUCCCAAAUGGAAAAAACGGAAAAAUCGAUGGUCGAACUCGAACUGGAACUGAACCAAAAAGGCAACGAGUGGUCGACCUUAUGUGAAUCGGGCGGGCAACUGAAACCGAUCUACGGUCCGGGAUACACCGGGAUGCAAAACAUGGGCAACUCCUGCUACUUGAACAGCGUCAUGCAGGUCCUGUUCCGGAUCCCGGAUUUCAUCCGGAAAUAUUACGAGGGAUGCGAGGGGAUCUUUCGGCAGGCGGGCAGGGACCCGGCGGAAGAUUUCACCGUUCAAAUGGCAAAACUAGGACACGGGCUUCUGUCCGGUAAGUAUUCGGUGCCGCCGCCCCCCGGGGCCCCCGCGGACGCCGAUCCGCCCGGAAUCACCCCCCUGAUGUUUAAAACUCUGGUGGGCAAAGGUCAUCCGGAGUUUUCCACUAAGAAACAACAGGACGUCCAGGAGUUUCUGCUGCACAUCCUCACUCUCCUGGAGCGUCACAACAACACCGGUGGCCACGCCCAAAAUCCCGGCGAUUGUUUCAAGUUCGAGGUGGAGGAACGUUUUCAGUGCGGUCAAAGUAAAAAGGUGAAAUAUUUGACGAGGAGCGAGGUGUGUCUGGGCCUGAACAUCCCGAUGGACGCGGCGAUUAAUAAGGAGGAGGUGGCCGCGUACGAGGUGAGGAAACAGGAGGCGGCGGAGGCUCAACAAGGGAAGAAACUCGACCCGGACGCACUCGUGCGACCCAAAAUCAAAUUUUUCUCCUGCCUGGAGUCGUUCACCCAAUCGGAGGUGAUCAAUAACUUCUUCAGUUCAGCCGUGAACGGAAACGUGGUGGCCAGGAAGUAAGUCUCAGUGAGAAGA